GCGUCAUAAAAGUGACGCUAGGGGCGCUUGACCAUACUUCGGUUUUUGACGCCUUUGGAGUGAGAAUGGGUUGGCUAUAUAUAUAUAUAUAAUGAUGUGUCCUGCAGUGGUCCUGCGCGGGCAUGUUUGCUGGGAUACGAGACUCCGCCAUAAUGCCUUCAAAACCUGAUCAAAAUACAUAAUUUGUUUGAUUACCUCAAAGACACACCCUUCUCAAGAACUAGAAAACAGAACCGAAACCUAAACUACUGAACAUCCCUACUACACAGACUCUGUGUGACAUUCUGUGUUCUUCGGAUUCCUCCCAAACCAUCCAGAGACAUGAAUCAAAAAAAAAAAGCAUACUCAGACAGGACCAGAUGGUCUCAAAGAUACCAACCCUACAAGCAGGAUGGGCACAGAGAAAGAAGAGAUGAUACAGAUGUCCCCUUACUGGAUUGGAUCAUUUCAGAUUUACAUCCACAUACUAUAGUUGAAGAGCCUGGCUUUUUAAAUUUUUACAAAUCUAUGAAAAGUGCAAGGUUUCAAAAUCAACCAACAUCUACUGACAUACUCUUAAAACUUCAGCAAUCAUUUUUUAAAAAAACACAAAGUGUACAAAAGAAUCUAGAUAGUGUAGAUACCGUUGCAUUGUCUUCUGAAGUGUGGAACACCACAGCAAAUAAAACCUAUAUGACAACUACCUGUCACCUGAUCGAUAACACAUGGACUCAGCAGUCAUGGGUUUUGGAAACCACACCUCUACCUGAAGAAUAUAAACACAGUAAUAUUAUUGGACAGCUUCUGAAAAUAGCAGAUAAAUGGAGAAUUGGAAACAAGAUUAAAGUGGUAGUGACAAAUGAAGAUGGGAUAAAGAAAGACAUCAAAAAAGCAGGAUGGGAUUUCAUACCCUGCUUCGCUAACACACUGGAUGUGGUCUUCAAGGAGACACUUGAAGCAUCUUCUGUCUGGAAAGCGCUGGUGGAAAGAUGUUGUAAAAUAGCAGAGUAUUUUUCUAAUGCUGAAGCACAAGGUCACCUCAAGAAGGCUCAAAAAACCUGCGAUUACCGGAGUAUAACCUGGCUGAGACCAAGGGUGAUAAAUGGCUUUCUACACUAAAUAUGCUAGAAAGAAUCUCAAAGCAGCAUGAGGCCAUACGCCAAGUGUUAAUUGAAUUUAAUGUUGACUUACUGUUAAGCAAGCAUGAAAAUAAAAACAUAACCAAGACAAUAUCAUCCCUGAAGGCAUUCCAGGAUAUCAUAUCACCAGCAAAACGAUACCACUCACUUGCAGACAUCAUACCACAGGUGGAAGCCAUAAGGAAGAAGCUAAAGCAGUUGCAACAGAGCGGAAAUGAGUUUGCAAAGGAAUUAGCACAACAUUUGGAUCAUCACUUCAGUAGAGCCAAAGAAAAUGACUGGCUGACAUUGAGCACCACUCUUAACCUGAGAUACAGAGACAUCGCUCUCUCUGAGAUAGGGACUUUCACACGCAUUACGAAAAGGAUCAUUGCUGAAAUGGAACACCUGAAUGAAGAGAACCAAGGGAGAAGCUUUCGACAACCAGGCAAUUUUGAUAUGGCUCUGAAGAGAUACUUGGAAAAGAAAAUGUUGCCAACUAAAUAUGAUCCUCUUGCAUUCUGGAAAUUCCCGAAAGAUGAAGACUGGUACCUGAGUGAGGUUGCACGCAAAUACCUGGCUGUUGUCUCUACUGCGGUACCGGCUGACAUUGCCUUUGACAUAGAGAAAGCCAGACUAGUGGCCAGUCGAAGAAGCAGCUUGGAUCCAGAACAUCUAAAUAUGAUGCUUUUUCUAAAUGGCAACCAUUUCCUUCCCUCUUAACUCACUAUUUAACAGAAGGGAAAACGACCAUGGCCUGUUUAAUAUUUUAAAGGGUAUAAUGGCUAAAGGUUAUACAUUUAUCAAUUUCGAUUAGGAACUAUUUACUUUGUAGUUUCAAUAGUCCAUAAUCAAUCAGUGACAAUAUGCACAAUUCAUAUAUUAUUCACAAAAAGGUUAUAUGUCUGCACAUUUUCAGUAGGUGAAGUCACAAACAAUUGUGAGACAUUUUACCCAAUUUUUUGUAAACAAACUUUGCAUUGAAAGGAAAGUCCUGCUUUUUAAAAUGCAUAUUAGCGAUUUUUUUUGUCAGUUACCUUAAGCUUAAGCUUUCAAGUCCUUGCUUAAGACGCAUUACUAUGCUUUGGCUUCUAAUUCUAGUUGAGCUUUGAUAUCUUGGCCUGUUGGUUAUUUUGUUUUAAUUUGUUUGCAACUUUUUGUAAUAUUGUCUGUAUAAUAAUUAGUUUUUUUAUUUUCUUUGUUGGAUCUUGAGAAGCACUUUGGUCAAUUAUGAUUGUUUUUAAAUGUGCUAUAUAAAUAAAAUUGAACUGAACUGUACUUGUUGAAUGAGGAUUGACCACAAGUUGGCAGUAGGAACACAUUUAUGCUAUAUAGGCUUAGAUUGGAGCACAUAAAAAUAAAACACAAUAUAAUAUAACUUUUUGUUGUUGUUGUUUGUAUUUAUUUAUUUUUGCUCAGCCAAUCCAUGCAUAAAGUCACAUCAAGUUAUCAACUUACAUUACCGUUUAUGUUCACUUUGAAUCCGCUCCCCCAAUGCAUUUCCCAUGAAAAUCCUGAAAACUGAAAAUGUACACAUUUCAAUCAGAAAGCAUAUUCAAUGAUCCAUGCAGUCUUGGUAGAGCUGUUCUACUCAUGUUUUAAAGAGGCCCUCACAGGUGCUGUAAGCCUAAAUAUUUCUAUUUUAAUAAAAUUAAGUUUAGGCUUCCACCUAUUAAGAAGAAUUUACUUUCUGAAAUCUAAUAUUUGACUCUGGAAUUUAAUAAGUCAGAUCUGUUGUGUCAGCAUUUCUCCGAGUCAACACCGCUCUGAUUCAGUAGUUUUUAGCCUGAGGAUGGUCAUUAUCCGUGUGAAUCUACAACACUGGAAAACUAGGCCUUCAACACGACCAAACUUACUCAGCUAUUGUGUUUUAUUCUAAAAUGAUGAUUCGCAUUGACAGUCAUAAACACAAGUACACAUUACAGUCCACUGGUGAAGUUUAUCAGCUUUUUCUUUUAUUGAAAAAUAUAACUGUCGUUUUGCAUGGGAAAUUAAGGCAGGACAUUAUUCAUAUUAUUUCAAUACAUAAUGAUACAGCCAUUAAGUGAAAUAAAAUAAACAGCAAAUACCUGGAAAUUAAAGAUAUGGUUUCAUACUAUAUUUUAGUGUUUUGACGACCAUUUUUCUGCAGCACCUGUAGAUGAUUGUGGUGUUAUAAAUUAUUAUAAACCUGUGUGCACAACCAAGCAAAGAAACUAUAGAAACCUCUAUGCCAUUGUAUAUGGAGGGUACAGUUUUCUCUCUGUAAGCAUAGACACAAGUAAAAGUAUUAAUGUCCUGAAAGAAAACUACCCAGAAACUGUAGAUGGAGCCUGCUGCUCUAAAAAAGUCCAGCGUUCCAGCUCACUUUUCAGUUCUGGACAUCUGGUCUUCUUCAAAAGUUUUGUGUGCAGGGUGAUAUCUCCACAACCACAUCUUUAACCUAUAAAAUGAUCAAAAACUGGGCAACAAAACAGAGGAAUAGAAGACACUGGCACAUUCGAUUAUCCCCCAUUUGUCCUCACAGACAAAACAGCACGAUGCAGCAUUUUGACCAGAUAUCAGGCAACCCAAGCCCUUCGAACCCAAUUAAUAAAGCCCUUUCCAAACCGUUCUAUACCCACAGUGAAAUCCUCUCUAGGAAACAUGGAGACAGCAUUACAAACAUCUUUCUUACAAAUCAUACCUUGCUUUUUUCUCUGUACAAACAUGCUGAUUUCACAAAUCAACCAAAAACACUUGACAGGUGAGCAAGGAAAUAAUGUAGCUGUAGACUUAGAGUGGAUAUAAAGCCUUACUGAGCUCACAAAGUGAAGGUAAGAGGCCACAGAGAGGUCUGUACAAACAAUUCUGUGCCACUGAAACCAAGAGAUUAAAAAAAAAUAACCAAUUCUACAAAAUGGUGCUCUCUUUAGUUCAGCGUGCUUAUAUAAAUGUCAGAUAACAGGGCCAACACCCUUGACUAAACAACAGCAUCAAUCAAAAGACUCAAAUAUACAGUAAAUGAUUAACUGAACAUGAUGUACAUAUAUCAAGAGAGGGACGGUUUUAAAUUAUCUCCCCAAACCAUAACUUUGUGUCAUGAAAAAAAAA